AUGGCCAUGGCAGAAGGAAGAACAGCAGCGCCUUCAAUGCCUAAAAUAGCGCUGGCAAUGGUUUUAUUUGUAUGGGCAAGCCAAAAAGUGUUAUGUCAGACGCCUACAAGUUGUAUAGGAAUGGCAGGGAAGUUAUCUUCCUGUGUUGCGUUCCUCCAAGGUGCUUCUAAUGGCAGCCGGAGCAAUCCACCUGAGUCUUGUUGCAGUGCAGUUGCGCAAGCUGCGGGUACUACGGGUGGGUGCCUCUGCCAGCUUUUGGGCACCAACUCUCCGCUGGGCUUUCCAAUCAAUCAAACUCAGCUUCUCAUCAUCCCUGGAGCCUGCAAUGUUAACGUGCCGCCUGUCGAUCAGUGCACAAAUGCAGGAGCUCCUUUCACUUCUUCGCUUGACUCUCCCCCUCCUGGCUCUUAUCCUCCCUCUGUAGCUCCGACCGGAAGUGUGUCUGGUGGUCCAACUGAUAAUUCGAGUAGAAUGAAAGGCAGUGGAGGUGUUCUCCUCUCCAGGGUUUCGUGGAUGGAUGUUGUAGCACCACCAUUUCUGCUUCUGGUUAUUGGUUCAAUAUAA